AUGAGCAUGAGCAACAACAUAGUUUCCAAAUCCUCUUUAAUUCUCCUAAUUCUCUUCAUCUCCAUCAUCUAUUCUUGCGCGUAUAGAGCCCACGGUGCCAACAAGCCCGACUCGUCAGAGAUGUCUUCCGGGCCUAGCGGGUCGCCCGAAACUCCUACCGGAGGCAGUGGCUCGGCCCAUGGGCCGAAUUGGGACUAUAGAUGGGCCUGGGGCUCGAGCCCAACAUCCGGAUGGGGUUAUGGGUCGGGCUCGGGUAGAUCUAGUGAUGGGUUUGGAAGGGGAUUCGGGUUUGGGUUUGGGUCGGGUUUGGGUUCCGGGUCGGGUUCGGGCUAUGGUUAUGGUAGCGGUGGUGCUCGUGGAGAAGGCCAUGGAAGCGGCUCUGGUGGGGCGGCUCCCGGCGGAAAAAACCGUUGA